GAUGACGAGGUGGUCCUGCAGUGCCCCCCACCCCAUAGGGAUAUGGAUGACGAGGUGGUCCUGCAGUGCCCCCCACCCCAUAGGGAUAUGGAGGGUGUUUUUGGGGUACUGACCCCCCCGUUUUGUGCCCCCCAGGAUGACGAGGUGGUCCUGCAGUGCACCACGACGCUGCUGAAGGAGCAGCUCAAGCUCUGCCUCUCGGCCGAGGGCUUCGGGAACCGACUCUGCUCCCUCGAACCCACCUCGAACGCGCAGAAUGUGCCCCCCGACCUGGCCGUGUGCUGCUUCGUGCUGGAGCAGUCGCUGUCGGUGCGGGCGCUGCAGGAGAUGUUGGCCAACAGCGCCGAGAUGGGCGCAGAGUCCUCUCAGGGCGGGGGGCACCGGACGCUGCUGUACGGCCACGCCAUCCUGCUGCGGCACUCCCACAGCGCCAUGUACCUGAGCUGCCUGACCACCUCCCGCUCCGUCACCGACAAACUCGCCUUCGACGUGGGGCUGCAGAGGGACGCGGCCGGCGAGGCGUGCUGGUGGACGAUGCACCCGGCGUCCAAACAGCGCUCGGAGGGCGAGAAGGUUCGGGUGGGAGACGAUCUGAUCCUGGUCAGCGUGUCCUCCGAGAGAUACCUGCACCUCUCCACGGCCUCGGGGGAGCUGCAGGUGGACGCCUCGUUCAUGCAGACGCUGUGGAACAUGAACCCCAUCUGCUCGGGCUCCGAGGAAGGUUACGUGACGGGGGGCCACGUGAUGCGCCUGUUCCACGGCCACAUGGACGAGUGCCUGACCCCCACGGCCCCCGAGCAGGGCGACGAGCGCAGCGUCGUCAACUACGAGGGUGGAGCCGUUUGUGCCCACGCCCGGUCCCUGUGGCGCCUGGAGCCCCUGCGCAUCAGCUGGAGCGGGAGCCACCUUCGUUGGGGACAACCGUUCCGGCUGCGCCACGUCACCACGGGCCGGUACCUGGCGCUCACCGAGGCCACCGGGCUGGCCAUGGUCGAGGCCACCGCGGCCACCACGCGCGUGGCCGCCUUCUGCUUCCGCGCCUCCAAGGAGAAGCUGGAGGUGGCCCCCAAACGGGACGUGGAGGGGAUGGGCCCCCCCGAGAUCAAGUACGGGGAGUCUCUGUGCUUCCUGCAGCACGGGCACAGCGGGCUCUGGGUCACCUACGCUGCCCCCGACCCCAAGGCCCUGCGCCUGGGGCUGCUCAAGAGGAAGGCCAUCCUGCACCAGGAGGGGCACAUGGAUGACGCCCUGACCCUCACCCGCUCCCAGCACCAGGAGUCGCAGGCGGCGCGGAUGGUCUUCAGCACCACGGGGCUCUACGGGGCCUUCAUCAGGAGCCUGGACAGCCUGCAGGGCCGCCCCCGGGGGUCUCCUCCCCCCUCACUGCCCAUCGCGGGGAUGAUCCUGAGCCUGCGGGACCUCAUCGGGUACCUGGAGCCGCCUCCCCCCGAGCUGAGGCACGAGCAGCGCCAGGGGCGGCUGCGGGCACUGCGGGGCCGCCAGAGCCUCUUCCAGCAGGAGGGGAUGCUGACCCUGGUGCUGAGCUGCAUCGACCGGCUGAGCGCCUACAGCACCGCGGCGCAGUUCGGGGAGGCCGCGGGCGAGGAGGCGGCGGCGGCUUGGAAGGAGAUCGUGAACCUGCUCUACGAGCUGCUGGCCUCGCUGAUCCGGGGUAACCGCGCCAACUGCGCCCUGUUCUCCACCAACCUGGACUGGCUGGUCAGCAAACUGGACCGGCUCGAGGCCUCCUCGGGUAUCCUGGAGGUGCUGUACUGUGUCCUGAUCGAGAGCCCCGAGGUGCUGAACAUCAUCCAGGAGAACCACAUCAAGUCCAUCAUCUCCCUGCUCGACAAGCACGGCCGCAACCACAAGGUGCUGGACGUGCUGUGCUCUCUGUGUGUGUGCAACGCCGUCGCCGUCCGCUCCAACCAGAACCUGAUCACGGAGAACCUGCUGCCGCGGCGGGACCUGCUGCUGCAGACGGGCAUGGUCAACCACGUCACCAGCAUCCGGCCCAACCUGUUUGUGGGGACGGCGCCGGGUUCGACCCAGUUCCGCUGUUGGUACUUCGAGGUGUCCGUGGAGCGGGUCCAGCCCUUCGUGACCCCCCAACCCACCCACCUGCGUGUGGGGUGGGGGGCUGCAGGGUCCUUCCGCCCCGCCCCGGGGGGGGGAUCGGGCUGGGGGGGCAACGGCGCCGGAGACGACCUCAACUCCUUCGCCUUCGACGGCCUCCACCUGUGGACAGGGGGGGUCCCCAAGGCCGUGGGGUCCCCCCAGCGCCGUGCCCUGGCCGAGGGGGACGUGGUGAGCUGCUGCCUGGAUUUGGGGGUCCCCAGCGCCUCGUUCCGCCUCAACGGGGCCCCCGUUCAGGGGGUCCUCGAGGGCUUCAACCUCGACACCCUCUUCACCCCCGUGGCCAGUUUCUCGGCGGGGGUCCGGCUGCGGUUCCUGCUGGGGGGCCGGCACGGGGAGUUCCGUUUCGUGCCCCCCCCCGGUUACGCCCCCUGUGCCGAGGCUCUGCUGCCCCGGGAGCGGCUCCGCCUCGAGCCCCUCACCCAGUACCGGGGGCUGAACCCCCCCCCCGGCACCCGCAGCCUCCUGGGGCCCACCCGGGCCCUGCCCCACACCGCCUUCACCCCCUGCCCCGUCGACACCUGCCAGAUCGUGCUGCCCCCCCACCUGGAGCGGAUCCGGGAGAAGCUGGCGGAGAACAUCCACGAGCUCUGGGCCCUGACCCGCAUCGAGCAGGGCUGGACCUACGGACCCGUUCGUGACGACGUGCGGCACCUGCACCCCUGCCUGCUGAGCUUCCACAGCCUCCCCGACCCCGAGCGCGGCUACAACCUCCAGAUGUCGGGGGAGACCCUCAAGACGCUGCUGGCCCUGGGCUGCCACGUGGGGAUGGCGGACGAGAAGGCCGAGGAGAAUCUCAAAAAGAUCAAACUCCCCAAAACUUACACCAUGUCCAACGGGUACAAACCGGCCCCCCUGGACCUGUCCCACGUGCGCCUGACGCCGGCGCAGCUCACGCUGGUCGAUCGCCUGGCCGAGAACGGCCACAACGUCUGGGCCCGGGACCGGGUGCAGCAGGGCUGGACCUACAGCACCACCCAGGACAUCAAGAACAAGCGGAACCCUCGGCUGGUGCCCUACAACCUGCUGGACGAGGGCACCAAGGCCACGAACCGGGAGAGUCUGUGCCAGGCCGUGCGGACCCUGCUGGGCUACGGCUACAACAUCGAGCCCCCCGACCAGGACACCCCCGCCCAGGGUGCCCCCGGGGGGGGCUCCCGUGCCCCCCGGCCGCGGCUGUUCCGUGCCGAGCGGGGCUCAGCCGUGCGCUCGGGCCGCUGGUACUUCGAGUUCGAGGCCGUGACCGCGGGCGAGAUGCGCGUGGGGUGGGCACGGCCCGGGCUGCGCCCCGACACCGACCUGGGCGCCGACGACAUGGCCUUCGUCUUCAACGGGCACAGGGCUCAGCGCUGGCACGUCGGGGGGGAGUCGUUUGGCCGCCCCUGGCAGGGGGGGGACGUGGUGGGCUGCCUCAUCGACCUGGGCGAGUGUCACAUGAGCUUCACCCUCAACGGGGAGGUUCUCAUGGGGGACGGCGGCUCCGAGGUCGCCUUCAAGGACUUCGACGUGGGGGACGGUGAGGGGGGGGCCCGGGCAGGGGG